AUGUCAGAACCAUUCUAUGUCCUUGAGCGGCCUUGUGUCUUGGGUGAAGGACCAAUUUACCGCCAUUCAGACUCCACUUUACACUACGUAGAUUGCUUAUCAAACCCACCCCAACUUCAUAUUUUGGACAUCGAUCCAGAUACUGGAGACGCCAGGUAUCCACACACCACAGAUUCCUCAAAAACAAACAAAAAUGUCAGCAGGAAAGGUCUCAAAGUAAUUGACUUGGAAGAUAGCGUUACGGUGCAAUUUUUCAGAAAGAACAAACCCAAGUCUUAUAUUUGUGCUUACUACCAAGGAAUUGCAUUUAUGGAUGAAGAAACCGGCAAGCUAGAGGUAUUGAAGGAGAUAAUCCCCAGGUCUGAGCGUCAUAUCAGACGUUUUAACGACGGCGGUGUCGAUUGCAAAGGUCGUUUUUGGGCAGCAGAAAUCGAUGUCAAAGGCUUAUCUUACGGCGCCAAAAAGUUACCUGCGGAUCAUGGUGAGCCGUUGGGAAGACUCUGGCGCUACGAUCCCGAUGGUACCUUGACUCUAAUGGAGUCUGGGUUAGUUUGUGGAAAUGGUUUGGCUUGGAGUCCCGAUAAUACAAAAAUGUACUUGAACGAUUCAGCCGCGCAGAAAGUAUAUCGCUACGAUUUUGACGCUGAAACUGGGUCAAUAACCAACAAAGAACUUUUUAUUGAUACUAGUGAAGGUCCAUGUGAGCCAGACGGAAUGGUUUCAGAUACCGAGGGAAAUUUGUGGGUAGCCAUGUUUAACGGUUCUUGCGUUAAGGUGUACAAUCCAGAAGGAAAAGAAUUCAAGACUAUUUGGUACAAGAGCAAGUGUAUGGCUUGUACUACAUGGGGAGGAAAGAAUAAUGAUAUUCUCUUUGUUGUGAGUGCUUACAACAAGGAAAAUCUUAAAGGAGACUUGGGUGGGCAUUUGUUCAGGACUAAGACCAGUGCAAGAGGAACAUUUAAAUAUGAAUUUGCUGGAUAA